GCGCCAAGGUUCGGUGAGAAAUUUGUGAUUGCUAGUGAACCUGCAGAAGACGGCUUCGCACAAUUGACCCCCUGGAAUGGUGCAAUAGAUAAGGUCGCACCGACCAGUCUUCGUCCGCCCGCAUGACGUGAUCGCAGAGGCAACGCCCAAUCGCUCGGGGUAUUGCACCGGAACGUGUUAGCGGCCAUGGAGACGAUGUUGAUAUAAAUCGCUGCGCCAGACCGAGAAAUCCCGGGGAAUGAGGUUACACGGCUCUAGCUCUUCGUGAAGAUUGCUGACGAGACGCGACGGGAUAAUCGGCGCUGUGCUUAUUAGGUACUGCGGACUCGAAUUGCGAAGCGUGUACCUGUCGUGAGCCCCAAUUCCAUGUGUAAUUGAGAAUUGCAGUACGCGGGAAAAACAAUGGCAGGUGAUCUGAAGGGCGUCGAGGUCUCUGACCCGGGCUCGGAUAUCGAGAAGUCGGCCCACCCGAAGGAGACUGUGAACUCGAGCCGGUCUUCUAAGGACGAACCGACAGCGAAGAAACCCGACGAAGAUUACGGGUCGACCGAUGACCAUGUAUUCUCCGACCCGUCCGUGGCCGAGAAGUGGCGCGGUGUUUAUGAGAAGGCUAAGUACGAAAACCGGCACCGAUUCGACCCGAACUUUAAGUGGACGGCGGAGGAGGAGCGACGGUUAGUCAAGAAGGUCGAUGCGAGGAUCAUGGUUUGGGCCUGGCUCAUGUUCUGCGCUCUCGAUAUGCAUCGCAGGAAUAUCAACAGGGCUAUUUCGGAUAACAUGUUGGCUGAGAUCGGCAUGAACACAAACGACUACAACUACGGCCAAACCAUCUUCCUCGCCUGCUUCCUCGCCGCCGAACUGCCUAGCGGGCUUAUAAGCAAGAAGCUCGGGGCCGACAGGUGGAUUCCCACGAUCAUGGUAGGCUGGUCGAUAACGGCUAUGUCACAGGCGUUCAUCCACAACAGGUCGUCUUUCUACGCGAUCAAAGCCCUUCUCGGCCUGCUCAUGGGCGGGUUCAUCCCCGACAUCGUGCUAUGGCUCACCUACUUCUACAAGAGCAGGGAGCUCCCGCUCCGCUUAGCUUGGUUCUGGACGGCGCUCAGCACGGUGAACAUCGUCGGUUCGCUGCUCGCCGCGGGAAUCCUACAGAUGCGCGGUAUACACGGGUGGAGCGGCUGGCGAUGGCUGUUCCUGAUCGAGGGGUUGAUAACGACGCUCAUCGGCAUAUUCUCGUGGGGUCUUAUGCCACCGGGUCCUACGCAGACCAAGCACUGGUUCCGAGGCAAGGACGGGUGGUUUACCGACCACGAGGAGUCCAUAUUAGUCAACCGACUCCUCCGCGACGACCCGAGUAAGGGCGACAUGAACAACCGACAAGCCGUGGGACCUAGCCUGCUUUUCAAAGCAGCGUCGGACUGGGAGCAGUGGCCGCUGUACCUCAUCGGGCUCACAACGUACAUCCCGCCCUCGCCGCCGUCGAACUACCUGUCAUACAUCCUACGACAACUCGGCUUCUCCGUCUUCAACGCGAAUCUACUCGCGAUCCCGUCGCAGUUCCUAUUCGCCGUCAACCUGCUCGUGGUGACGUGGAUAUCGCGACGCGUGAACGAGCGAUCCAUCAUAAGCUCCAGUUCCAACAUCUGGAUCUUCCCAUGGAUCCUCGCGCUCGUACUUCUCCCCGCCACCGCGUCGCCAUGGAUACGGUACGCGCUGCUCACAGGGCUGCUAUCGUACCCAUACUGCCACGCCAUCCUCGUCGGCUGGAACGCAAAGAACAGCAACGCCGUGCGCACCCGCGCCGUCUCCGCUGCAUUAUACAACAUGUUCGUGCAGAGCGGUAACAUCAUCGCGACGAAUAUCUACCGCGACGACGAUAAGCCGCUCUACCGCCGCGGCAACAAGAUCUUGCUAGGUGUUACGGUGUUUAACAUCGCGCUGUUCUACCUCGUCAAGGUGUUUUACAUCUGGAGGAAUAGGGUUAGGGAUCGUAGGUGGAACGCGAUGAGCACGGAGGAGCAAGAGAACUAUGUUUUGACGACGAAGGAUGAGGGUAUGCGGAGGCUGGAUUUUAGGUUCGCUCAUUAGGGGAUAGUUUGGUUUGUGGUUUAGGGCUGGUAAAGGGUUCGGGAUCAUGUCGAUCCGUCUCUGUAAGGUGCCACUUCUGCGGCAUUGCAUGGUAUGUCUUUGGGGACUCUUUAGUUCGGACGCUGUGUGAGACAUACUUAGGACUUAGGCCCUACGUCUAUUCUCGUUAAAGAGUGACCUUGAAUAGCGUCCCUACCUUGAUAGAUAGACAUAUAUCCACUCUAGAGUCGGUGAGGCUCAAAAAUGAUAUUGUACAAUACACCGCAAG